AUGUCUCCGCUAAGUGCCUCCCGCCUCGCGGCGUACGCGGGAAGACGUUCGAGGGUCGGUUUUGAGAGGGUAUUCGGCGUGGGAUGCUCGCGGAGACGAUACAGCUCCAGGAGCGCGCUGAGCUUGAGUUUUGGGCCGGAAGAGCCCCCUCUCCUGCCACAUACCAUCCCAGAGCACUUCGCAUCUAUAGUGUCCGCUCACGGCGACCGUCCGGCUGUCAUCGCCCGCGCGCCCACCGCCUUGUCCUCUGCCACCCCUCUCUCCACCUCAACCCCGCUGCCCUCGGCAACCACAGCGGAACUCAACUACUACGACCUCGACGUCCUUUCAAACACCCUCGCGCACGGCCUGCGCGAACUCGGCGUGAAGAAAGGCGACCGCCUCGCCGUGUCCCUGGGUAAUGGCGCCGAGUUCGCGGCCCUCACUUACGCGGCUUUCAAACUCGGCGCCGUGCUGGUUCCCCUGAACCCGGGGUUCAACGCCAAGCAGGUUGGCGCAGCCUUGCGGCAUCUGGGCGUGGAGGUCCUGAUCAUCGGCAAAGUAACCGACUUGCCGUAUAAACCCGGCAGGGGACGCAGCAAUCUCGAUCUGCUACGCAGCAUCGUGCCUGAUCUGGAGUCCGUGAGGGCGGGGGGGAAUGUCGAGAGCGAGGUUGUGCCGACGUUGAAAAAGAUCGUCGUAGUCGACAACCUCGCGUACCACCCUCUGGUCGAGUUCCCCAAGUUCAAGGCGCUGACGCCGUACGACGUGCUACUCCGCGGUCAGAGGGGCCAUGUAGUUCCCGACGCCCCGCUGAGCCCGGACGACACGGUAAAUAUCCAGUUCACGUCCGGCACGACGUCGCAGGCGAAGGCGGCCAUGCUGACGCACACUUCCAUCCUCAACAACGGGUACCUCAUCGCGAAGCGCAUGGGUCUGGUGCCCGGGGACAGAAUCGUCGUCCCGCCGCCGCUGUUCCACUGUUUCGGUUGCGUGUUGGGGUACAUGGCGACGGCGACGACGGGUGCGGGGAUUCUCUUCCCGUCGCCUGCGUUCGACCCCAUUGCGACGUUGAAGAUGGUGGCCGAGUACGAUGCCACGGGGUUGUAUGGCGUGUCGACCAUGUUCGUCGCCGUGCUCGAGGCGCUGGCGUCCGGGAACGUCGUGAAGAUGGAGGAUAUGCCGCGGAACCUGAGGAAGGGUAUCGCGGCGGGUAGCUCGGUACCGGAGAGUCUGAUGAGGAGGUUGUAUGAGACUUUGGGGCUACAGGAGCUGGUUAUCUGCUACGGGAUGACCGAGACAAGUCCCGUGAGCUGCAUGACGGCUCCCGCAGACCCGUUUGAGAAGCGUACGGGGAGCGUGGGGAAGGUGAUGCCGCACACCGCUGUCAAAAUAGUCGACCCGUUAGACCCGUCUAGGAUCGUGCCGAGGGGGGAGAGGGGUGAACUUGCUGCGUCGGGGUAUCUCGUUAUGAAGGGAUACUGGGGAGACGAGGCGAAGACGAACGAGGUGAGGGUCAAGGACGGCGAGGGACGGGUGUGGAUGCACUCGGGCGACGAGGCGGUCAUGGACGAAGAAGGGUACGUGGAGAUCACGGGGCGGAUCAAGGAUCUGAUCAUCCGCGGCGGCGAGAACAUCCAUCCGCUGGAGGUCGAGAAUUGUCUGUUCCAGCUGGACGGUGUCAAGGAGGUUGCUGUUGUCGGAGUGCCGGAUGAGAGGCUCGGGGAGAGCGUUGGAGCGUUCAUUGUCGCGAAGAAAGGGUGGAAGGGCGGGGAGACGGAGGGGCAGAAUGUGUUGACGAAGGAUGCGAUCAGGGAAUGGGUCAGGGAGCAUCUGUCGAGUCACCUUGUGCCGAAGCACGUGUUCUGGGUUGACGACUACCCCAAGACGCCCAGUGGGAAGAUCCAGAAGUUCAAGUUGAGGGACAUGGCUAAGGAUCUUAUCGCGGCCGAGAAGAGCUAG